AUGCACAGUAUUCGAAUCCUCCUUACUGCGGGAACUACGGAGGACAUCGACACCGCGAAGCAUAUCUUCUCCGAUAUGACUGUCUUGCACGGCAUUCGAGUGCAGCGGGGCAUGCAUGAUGAAGCUGUCACUACGCUUUUGAAGUAUGGCCACACAUACGUUGCGUUCGACUGGUUAAGGAAUAUGGUGGAGGAUGAAGAUCCCUUCUAUCCGAGCGACCAGGCGUGGCUUAGCUUCCUCGAUCAUUUGGAUCAGAUAGGGACUUCAUCUCUCAUUCUGCCAACCAUCGGUCUAAUACGGAAAGGGCGGAUAGCGUCGAGAAACCCCGAUAACCUUUUGCCUGAAAUGGCUUCGGUCAUUCUACGUGUCCUGGCCAAGGAUGUUCUCUCCCUCGGCGACCUCUCGAUUUUACUAGAAGAGUUGAGGAGGGAUUAUCUACCAGAGGAAGAAUCCGAAGUCGCCAAACUGUGGAAGACUUAUUCGAGUCGCCCGGACUUGUCCUCCCACGCAGCUCUCGUCCGCGAACACUUCCAGUACCUGAAGUUCCAGCGCUACAACGACAAGUUGGCUGAAGAAUGCAUGAGGUACGGACGUCGUGCAGCUCUCAAGCUGUUCAAGACGUACGCUACUCGGGGUUUCCGACCGCAACCAAGCACAUUGGAUGUAGUGUUAGGCGACGCGUCCUCUGUCGGCGAGCUGCGGGAGCUGGAGAGAGAGAUGGAUGUCACUGCGACUUCUUCGGGUUGGUCUUUGGUGGUUAGAAACGCUCUACGCGACGGAACGGUUAAGCAGGCGGAGACCAUCUAUUCUGAGGCCCGCGCUUCUGGAAUACAAGUGGACCAGGACAUAGCUGUCGCUCUCAUCGAAGCUGUAUGCGUCUAUUCGAGGCCUCUUCAGACUCCCGAGGACGGCAUCAUCGACACUGCACUCCGCAUUUACGAGGACUCCGUCAAGUCUCAACCCGUGGAGAAACCUGACCCUGGAAUUUUCAUCGUUCUCCUGCGUACUCUGCUUGCAUCGUCCAACAGAACGAAGUACCUUCCUAUCGCCACAACUUUGAUCCAAGACAUGCGCAAGUUCGACGUAACCACGAGUAGCUCCACUAUGUGCACCAUCAUCCUCCUGCUUUGGCGGGUUUCAACGACCUUUGAUUGGAACCUCGCAAUAUACAAGUGGGUCAAGAAUCAAUGGCCUGACCUUUCUCCCAGCGGGGAAGAGUAUAUGACACUUCUGCGCGCGAUUUGCAAAGCCCCUUGCGCGGAGACAAGUGCAUUAGUUCCGGAGCAGUACUUUCAGAUUGUCAGAGACAUGCGCCGAGACAGACGUCCCGUAACUGAGGACGUCUACAUCCCUAUUAUGUCUCAACACCGAGCUAUUGCCCGUGGCCAAAUACGCGAGGAUGCUGUCAUUGCAGCUAGGCGUCUUCAUCAAUUCCUCAUGGUGGAACCUGCUUUUACCCCGAGCACGGUCCUAUGGAAUCGCUUGAUGGAGACAUACAUAGCAGUGGGUUCGCUGGGGGAUGCCUACCGUGUGUGGGCUCGCCUUCAGCUGAGUGGGCGAUAUGACAACACCACUCUCAGGAUCAUCGGUGACGCCUGCAAGUCUAGAGGAGAAACAUCUCUCGCGCAGAAGAUAUACGCUCAAGUCCACUCCUCUGGCUUCAGACUGGAUCAAAAGAACUGGAAUACAUGGCUGGAAUGUCUCUGUCGAGAAGAUCUGCUCGAUGAAGCGAUGAGGCUACUGUGUCUCGAAAUGGGCCAUCCACUGCAGGAUGUUACUCCCGACGUCGAAAGCGCGCGCGUUGUCUUAGCUUGCGCACAGAGAAACGAUCGGUACGAGAAAACGGCGUCCCUCAUACGGCUGCAUCUCCCGAAACUAUGGAAAAUAUUACCGGAUACGUUGAAGAUCCGGAAUUAG